AUGGUUUUAAAGAACAAUUUAGAAAAGAGCCUAAAAGAUUUGGAAACGAGAAUUAAGGAAUUAGAGCAAAGUAACGAAGAGUUACGUUCACAAUUCAAAUAUUUAGAAGAAACCAAAGCCAAUAUCAAUAAUUUAGAAGAAAGGGUUAGAGAACGAGAAGAAGAAACCAAAGCCAUUAUCAAUAAUUUAGAAGAAAAGGUUAGAGAACGAGAAGAAGACACCAAAGCCAUUAUCAAUAAUUUAGAAGAAAAGGUUAGAGAACGAGAAGAAGAAACCAAAGCCAAUAUCAAUAAUUUAGAAGAAAGGGUUAGAGAACGAGAAGAAGAAACAAAAGCCAUUAUCAAUAAUUUAGAAGAAAAGGUUAGAGAGCGAGAAGAAACCAAAGCCAAUAUCAAUAAUUUAGAAGAAAGGGUUAGAGAACGAGAAGAAGAAACCAAAGCCAAUAUCAAUAAUUUAGAAGAAAAGGUUAGAGAACGAGAAGAAGACACCAAAGCCAGUAUCAAUAAUUUAGAAGAAAAGGUUAGAGAACGAGAAGAAGAAACCAAAGACUUUAUCAAUGAUUUAGAAGAAAAGGGUGUCCUCAGGCACAACUCAAUGGAUCGAUCGAUUAAUCGAAAAAUCGAAAAUCGAAUCUUAGAGUCGAAUCUUGAGAAACGAUAG